UGAAGAACCGUUUUUGAACUAUGGAUUCAGUAAAGAAAGAGGCGGAUGAUCUCGUGGUUCCAAUUGAUGAAGCUGACGAAACGGAGCCUUCGAGCAACGAGCCCCACGUAGAUGAUUUCUGUCGCGUUUGUUUGCUGAAGCAGCCGAAUUUAACUAAUGUGGUGGGCCGAAUCGAUGGUGUGAUGAUUCCGGAGAUGCUGUACAAGCUGUGCGGGACGCAGAUUGAUGUUGACGAUCGAUAUCCGCGCCGCAUUUGUGAGCGUUGCCUGGCCAUGGUGGACUGCGCGUUCAACUUCGUGAGUGAGUUCCGGCAGCAGGACGAACGGUUGCGAAGUUUCUACUGGAACGGGCCGGUUUCGAAGCAACUACAAAACUACCAGCCGCAAGGUGAACUAGAACGGAACAAGCGUAUGGAAGCGCUGCUAGCUCGAAAUCCGCUCCUGCACAUCGGAGGAGCAAAAGAGUGGUCAACGAAGGCAACUUGCACAGAUGCUCCAACCGUGCAGUGUGUAGACACGGGUGUAAACACCGACGAGGUACUGGAAUUUUUGACGAUGGAGAGCGUAAAGCAGGAAGGGACGGAGGAAGGGACGUCCGAAAUAGAGUUGGACGACUUGGAGGAUGAUGAGACCAGUCAAGACAUGCCUUGCGAUUCCGUGGGUGCACGAAAAGAGCUGGUUUCGAUGCGAAUCGACCUGUUGACAUCGGCUGAAGACCAGGACCACGAGGUGGUUACCGAUGAGGAUAACAAGCGUAAACAAACGAGGCGCUCGUUGCGUCUGAGAAAGCUGGACAACAGCUCGGAGAAGGCAAACGAUCUGAGCGAGGCUGAGGAAGAGCAGUGGGAAGUGGGAAGCCAGAGCAGUGCUGACGGCGAAAUGUUACCGGUUUACGACGACCGGCUGCGUUGCUACAUUUGUGAUUAUACAGCCCGGGAUGCUGAACUGUUCGAGCAGCACCUCGAAACGCAUCUUCCGAUGCUACCGCACGAAUGUCCUGUUUGCAAGGACGCAGGGUGGUGCCUAGGGCCACUGAAAUCCCUCGGGUCGUUACGAAGCCACUAUCGCUCACAUAGUUUCCCGCACGGCUGUAACGUUUGUGGCAAGCGAUUUUCGACCGAUGCGGGAUUUCUGAAGCAUCGCGCCACACAUCACUCAGGCGAGCUGGUGUGCGAAGAGUGUGGUCGGCAGUUUCACAAUCGUAAAAGCUUGGUCAAUCACGUGCAUCGCCACGAGGCGUUGCGGAAGGAGAGCUAUAAAUGUGAAAUAUGUAAAAAAGUGUUCGGUAACCGACCACGGUUGGUCCGCCAUUUGCGCGUUCAUACGGGCGAAAAGCCGUACGAGUGUCAGUUCUGCAACCGGCGCUUCAAUGACUCGCACCAGCACCAGCGGCAUGAACGAUUUCACCGAACCGAGAAGCAUGGAUACCAGUGCGAAAGCUGUGGCCAAAGAUUCGACUCUGAGCGCAAGCUCGGGACACAUAAUAUGACCGCACACAUGACGGCGGAGGAACAGGAAGCGUAUGCCACGGAGCGCCGAAAGCGAUAUGAGCGGCGGAUGGGCAAACUGAAGGAUAGCCGAUGUCCCUUCGAGGGCUGCGACUACGAGGCCAAAACGUACGGUGCAAUGUACGUACACAAGCGCAGCAAACACAUUCUGCGGAUCAAGUGCGACUUUUGUAACAAACAUUUCGCCUUCCAAAACCAACUGGAACUGCAUCUGAAGCUGCACACGGGAGAAAAACCGUACAAGUGUGACAUCUGCGACCGUUCGUUCCGCCGACCGUUCAGCUACCGGGAACACAUGGAGCAGCACGAGUCGGACAAGAAGUACGAAUGCGAAACGUGCGGGAAAAGCUUCGGCAGGCCACGCUACCUGCAAGCGCACAGACAAACCCACACGACGGAAAAGCCGUUCGCUUGCGCCACGUGUGGCAAUCAGUACAAAACGAAGGGCGAGAUGAAAAAGCACAGUAGGAUGAAGCAUGACAUAGUGUUCCUGCCGGAGAAGAACGAGCAGGUCGAAGAGGCGUACAUUGUUGAGUAUGUGGAUCCGUUCGUCGUUCUCUAG